UCGUUAAAAUCGACCAAUUAAAAACGCGUCACAAACCAAUUUUUAUUAUUUUUAAUCUACUCCCAUAACAUUAACCCAUCAAUUCGAGCACGCACUCGUUAAAGUCACAGUCGGAGGUGUACUGUUUUAUUCGAAGGUGUUUGUGCAUCCUUGACACGGUAACUUUCUAUUUUGAAUCGGUUAAAAGAAAAUAAACUCGAUGUUUUAAUAAAAUAAAUAAAUAAAUAAGUGAAUAAUGACUGUGCUUGAUGAUAAUUUAGAUAAUCUAUUAGUACAAAUCGGUGAAGUUGGGAAAUAUCAAUUAAUUAUUUCCGGGUUAGUUUCUUUAGCUGUAAUAUGGCAAACGGCGAUUCAUAUGGCUUUUGUGUUUACAUCACAAAACAUCGAUCAUAGAUGCCUUAUUCCCGAGUGUGAUCAACCAAAUCAAAAUCAAUUCGAACCGGAUUGGCUAAAAAAUUCCGUUCCUUACGAUGAUGGGCUUCCGAAAAAAUGCGAAAGAUACCAACACAUCAACAUAACUGAUCAAUUAUUAACGGAAGAAUGUCCCGCUGUUAAUUUCGACCAGAAUGUUAUCGAAAAUUGUGAAGAAUUCGUUUAUAAAUCACCGGAAAAAACUAUUUUACACGCUUACAAUCUAUUUUGCGAUGACAAUUUAUGGAAAUUAACUCUCGUUGGGACAAUCAAUACUUUGGGACAAUUCUUUUCCUUAAUUAUUAGCGGAAUCGUUUCAGACAAAUUAGGAAGAAAAUUUGUAUUAAUAUGGGGAAUGGUUGGAGGUGCAAUUUUUGGAACUGCCAGAGCUUUCGCUCCAAACUACAUCGUUUUCACGACGCUCGAAUUUUUAGACGCCCUAUUCCAAUCGGGGACUUACGCAACCGGGUUUGUUUUAGCCGUUGAAUUAGUUGGCCCAAAAAAACGUGUAUUAGCAGGAACAUUAAUUUGUUGUUGUUUCGCUUUAGGAGAAGUUUUAGCGGCUGCCGUAGCAUGNUACCAGAUACUAUUGAGGAGGCGGAAAAUAUCGGAAAGAAACCUCAGAAAAUACCCUGAUAUUUUUAAUUUUAAUUACUCAAUAAAUACGUUAAAACCACCCUAA